AUGCCCAUGGCGUCCGCGGCCACACAACCCUUUACGUCCGUAGACACAACGGCACAGGGACCGCACAAGGAUGAGGUCGAGUCGCCGAGCAUCUCUGUCGCGAAUGCGCUAGCACGCUACGAGUACGACCAUGCCACGCCAGGGGGUACCAAGAUUCUCAUGGUAGAAUGGGAGGAGGAUGAUUCAACGCGCGGGGUUCGUGGAGACUGGCAUGUGUCGUGGGAAGGCAGCACACGAGUCUUGCCGGCGGACGACCAGCAAGCCAGCGAUGUGAACCGCAUGUACUUCCUGCUGCCACCAGGCGUCGCAGUGCCCAAGAGCGUCACCCUUACACACCAGCCGCGGGAAGCUGACAGGACGCCCGUGGUCUGGCACACGAACCCAUUGCCUGCGCUGUUCCCACCAGAGCUGGGAGCAUCAGCACGCGCGGCCGGGAAGAAAGGUGUCCUGCACACGAUAUGGGCAAAGAAGAGGUUACAGGUGUUGCAAAAGGAGAUUGAGGCCGAGUCGCGAGACAACGUAGAGGGCGUUGGGCUGCUCAUGGCGGUACAAGAGAAGGAAUGGAUCGAGCAAACGUUCGGCGUCAAUGCACGACCAUCCGGCCUCAGCAUCUCGCUCCCAACAGGACCGCCCACAAGCGGUCCAGCAAGCCCCAGGUCACCCGGUGGGGGACGACUGCUGGACAAGCUCGCGGGCUUGAAGCUCAACACCAACCAGCGAGACCUCACACCCAAAUCUGAAGACGCACACGGCGACGCACGGUUCGCUAACCCCCUUUCGCCAGAAGGCUCAGACGUCGCUGUAUCCUCAUUCUCUUCAUUCGCUAUGCUCAAAGGCGAGAACCCAUCAUCCCUGGCAGCAAAGCCACCCCAACCGCCUCGGUCCUCACAAACAGCAGCGCCACGAAAAAUUGCGGUCCAGGUUCCACCUCCCUCGGUUGUUGCACGACAGAACUCUACCGGAAUGGCGUCGCUCAACGCACUCUCAAGUCCAGCACCUAUCUUCCAAUCUCGAGCACCGGCAACUGCAGAUGAUGAUGAUAAAGACGAAGGCCUUUUUGCAAGCCCAAUUGAUCCAAGAAGUCCUGAAAUAGGAAAGAGUCCAUUCUCGUUUGCGGGAAACGACACAGCAAAGUAUUUGCAUAGGGAACAUGCCACAUAG